AUGGAAUCAUUGGAAAAUCUGAUCAGCGAGCUCGAAAACAUCAUCGAUUCAGCAUGCGAAACCGAAUCGAUGGGUUUGGAAGAAGCGAUUUCGAAAUUGUCAAAUUCAAGAGAUAUUCUCGAUGAAAUGCUAUCCAAAUUGGAGGAAAACGAGAAUGAGAAAAAUAUUGCGACGUGUCGAAUUGUCUCAAGAAUUCAUCAACAAUAUGAUAAUGUUUUGACAAUGCUUGAAGAAAAAUUGGAGGAUAAUCAGUUUAGACAAAUUAACAUUAGUGAAUAA